AUGAAAAAGGCGUUUCUCCUGCUUGUGCUCCUGUCGACAAUAAAUUUCAGACACUACAGAAAUUACAACAUUAAAGUCAAGCUGAAAAAUAUGUCCAACAAAAUUUACAUGUCCAGUAGAGUCCAGUUAAAAUCGACCAAACUGCAACACAGGAAGAGACCAAAGAAGAGGAAAAAAUCAGAAAUUUAUCGAACGCCUGUUUUGUAUCACCCCAAUCAGAAGGACUACUUUAACCUGCAGAGCGAAUACACCUGCUUGCCCGAUGAGCAAGUGCUGGAGCUGCUCUCGAAGGAUAAACUGAACUUGCUGAUCAGGGCCAUUAGAAAGAAGGACAACCAGGAGAUCGACAAAAUUCUGUACAAAGAUGUGAAUGAUAUAUAUUUGGAUAGCAAGUAUGUGUACUACGAUGAGGGGGCAGAAGAGGAAGAUAGAGGAGACGAAGAAGACCACACCAUGGAGGGCAACAGCAGAGACAGGAAUGAACUCUUCAACGGUAGUUCAACUGAUAAGAAAAAAACUGCCUUGCGAAAGGACGAGGAGGAAACGCAGCAAGAGGGAGAAGAAAACAAAUUUGUGGACCUAAACAAUAUUUAUUUUUAUUUCAAAAAAGUGAACAUCACAAACAUAAAUAAGGACAACAUAAAUGACGACAUAUAUAAAGAGCUAGUGGAGUUAAAAAACGUGUCCCUGGAAAAAGGGGACCAAAUAGGUUUCAACCUGUAUAGAUACUUCCUGAACAUCAUUACAAAUGUCGACAGAAUGAAAUACAUCGAUGAUUUUUAUUUGGUUAAUUAUAUAAAUAACAUUUGGGUAACAAAAAAUGUUCACAAAUAUUUCUAUUUCUUAAAUUCCCUAUUUGACAGAAUGAAAAAAAUCUCCUAUAAGUUGCUCCAGUUGAAUUACAAAAUUGACAUAAUUGGACAUGAGGAGGAAGUGAACAAAAUGAAGUACUUUGAGCGGCAUGAACUUUUCAGUAAGGUUAUUAAAAAAACCAAGUUCGUUCCCAACUAUGUGCUUAAACACAGUUAUGCCUACUCAACCGACAUCAUGAAUCUUUACCAGUAUGACAUCAACACGAAUUCGUAUGUCAACAGGUUCGAUAGCACCUAUAGGGAAGUCUCCGUGAACGAUUUCAUUGACAGCUCCAGGAGGAAGAAUUUAAACAUUUGCUACGACGCAACGCGGUUUGACCCCUUUUACAGCUACGCCAGGGGGUACACCAGGGACAACGAGAUGAAGAAGAUCAUGGGCCUCACCUAUGGGGUGGCGUCCCUUCCUGGAGGUGCUACUGGAGGCGUUACUAGCUGUCUUCCUGGCAGUGCUACCCCCCGAAGUGACGACGAGGGCACCGAGGCCAAGCCGAAGAAAGCGAAGAGAAGCCACGCAGCAAAGGACAUCAGCGCGGGAGUGCAGCCCAGCGAAACGGACAAACAAAUGCUGGAAAAACAACCCCCUGGAGAGGAAAACCCGGAGCCCCAUAGCGAUGGACAGACGACGAACGAGGGAGUUAAACAAGACAUACAGCAUCACAACAGGGGCGACGGAUGGCUGGAAAGGAUAAGGAAGGACCCCAAUUUAAAGUACGAGUUUUUGGAAAAGAUAAGUGAAACAAUGUGCAGCGAAUUUGUAAAAAUGGGGGUCCUGGAUAACGAAAGCAAAAAAGUUGAUCUGAACAAAAUCGAAGACAUCAAAAAUGACAAGGACAACAUUUUAUACAAAAAGGUUUAUGCCAUGCGUGACUACUUUUACAGCAUCAUGUAUGAUAAUUAUAAACCCAAUCUGGACAUCUAUGAAUUGGAAACCUUCAUAGAUGCAGAAUACAGAACCUACUCGUACAAGAGAGACCUCCAUGUGCUUUUCAGAAAUUGGGUUCUGAAUGAGAACAAGGAAUUGCCAACUGUGCACUUUGCGAGGAAGGAUGUGGAACUCGCUAAGUUAAGAUAUAUGUCCAAGAGAAAAAGGAAAGUGCUGGAGUUUAAUCAACGAUUUUUUGAGCGCCACGGGGAGGGCAAGAGGAGGUACUUCCCUGUGGAGGAGCACGGAGCGCCCCAAGUAGGUGCAACUGAUGGGUCGCAAGAAGGGGCCCCCUCGGGGGAGCCUGUAAUCGCAGAGUUACGAGGUGAGUCAGGCGAAGCGGCGAACGAUGCAGGAAGCGGUGCGGGCAACGGUCCCGGUAACGGCCCUGACAGCGGUCCGGGUAACAGCCCUCGUAUUGGUGAAGACGGCUCCGCGCUGAGCCCGCCAGACGACGAAAACGAAGCAGGGCAGAAUAAAUCCACGAACAAAUCAGUGAGCUGCCUUAUAAAGUGGAACGUACUCAGCCAAAACGACGCGAGGAAAAUAAACAACGACCAGGACGAAACAGACUUAAGUGACGCGGACGACAUUGACGAAAACGACGACGGGGACGACGACAGUCAUGACCAGGACGAAUCUUUCGACUUUGAAAAAUACAACAUAAAAACGAAUGACUUGGAAACCUACGGAUUUUGCGAUGAGAAUUUAACUGAUAACGAUAGCGACAACGUAGAACCAUCCUUUGGCGAUAUGAAUUUUGCUAAGUUGGUCAUUUAUGACGACAACUACGAUCAGGGAGAGUUCGUCGAAACGAUCACCAGUUUGAUAAGCACUUGCGAUUAUAAGAGGGCAUACUCCAUUUACAACACGUUGAAGACGAAAGGGAAGGUCGAUAAUUUGUACUUCAAAAGUUAUGACAAUGCGGAAAAUGUGGCCUUCCUGAUGCGCCAGUCGAAGCAGCGGAUUGUUGCCGACGUGGAGUUUCUUUAG